AAGCUUCACACAUGCGAAGGAAAUUUUCAAAUACAAGAACGUUUUAACUAAAUAAAUAACCAGUGUCCACUAUGGAUAUAAACGUAGUUUUGAGAGCAGUUUGUGUUGUAUAUUUUGCAAUAUUAUUUCGUCUGUCUGGAGGAUUAAUGUAUGAAACAACUACGCACGUAAUGAAAAAUCUGUCAGAAAAUAGCUUCACAGGGUUAACAAAAUCCUUUACCUGGAAAAACGAAAUUUGGAAAACAACGACUGAACCACCAGAUUUAUUUUACGACUUCCAAUUUGAAUUUACGCCUCCGAUCGUGACUCGAUAUGGAUUGAAUUCGGAUGAGUGCGUUUGGAGAACAAGCUGUGAUGGUGUUAUAGAAAUAAUGGGAAGAACGUGCCAUUGUGACACACUCUGUCCCAUUUUUAAUGAUUGUUGUGAAAAUGUUGUGAAUAAAACCAUCAUGAAAUCCAAAAAUGUUCCCGGUAUGCAUCAGUUUGAUUGUUUGCUGUUGACUUUAAGAAGUUUCAAAGUCAUUGAAAGCCACGUGGUGACUAAAUGCUCGUCGGAAUGGAAUGACACAAUUUCAAAAGAUCUCUGUGAGAAUAUUAGUCAGGAUUCAAAUAUUGUUUUAAAAGUUUUUGUGACAGACGAUGAAAACUUCAUUUAUAGAAAUAUGUACUGUGCUUAUUGUAAUUUUCAGUUUGAUUUUGAUUUUUGGAUUGUAGAGGAAAGAUGCAUAUCUCCAAAUGACACCUCUCAGUGCAAAUUAUUCUACGAUCCUCCAGGGAAUCAUUCUUUAGCCAAGUCAUGUAGAACGUUUGAUUUUGUCUCCACGUGUUCUUCGGUUAAAAAUAGCAUCGAACAUAACAGAAUGUGUGAGUUAAGCCCGACCAAUAUUGUAUAUACUUUUACGUCAGCCGCCGAUGUUAAUGAGUUUACUAAGUACAAAAAUAAGUACUGCGCUCUGUGUAAUAAUGCGGACGAAGACUUGCUGCUGUGCCAUACAGGAUUAUCUGAUACUGGUGACAAGCAGACACCUGUGCCUCCAGUCUACAGUUUUCGCGUUCUAGUUGAUUUAAACACUUUUGGAAACGGGAAAGAGAUUGAAUUUCAUUGCAAGAAUAACCAAAUAUAUGACCCAAUAUCUAAAACUUGUAGAAAAAUAUUUUGUCCACCAACGACAAUAAUCAUCAAUUGGCGAUGUAUACCGGAAGAGCGUGGGCUUAAAACACAGGGUGACGAAAAUGUUACAAGCUGCACUUUCAUCAAAUUGAAAUCAAAUGAAUGGAAAUCUGAAAACGAGUCAGGCAUUUAUGUACCGGCUUUGGAUAAAAUAUUCAACUCAUCUAUGUUUUAUGUCAACGGAUCUGACGUUUACCUUUGUGCAGACACGUUUGAAAACCAGCUGGCAUCCAUGGAAGUCUUUACCUUUAAUUCUGCAGAGAGUUAUGUGACGAUCUGUGGAUUAAUUUUAUCUAUCUCAGCAUUAAUGAUUACAUUUAUAAUUUACUGUAUGUUUGUAGAACUUCGCAACAUUCCGGGGAAAAUAUUAAUAUGUUUGAUAAUCUCACUUUUAUCAGCGCAAACGUCAUUUCUUUUUAUCAGCCACGCUGCAGCUUAUUCAAUUACGUGCAAGUCUUUGGCAAUAAUAGUUCACUAUUUUUACACUUCAUCAUUCACAUGGAUGAACGUGAUCGCUUUUGACUUAUUGGUUACGUUUUCUAGAUCAUUUAUUGUUACUGGAGGAAAUAAAACAUCAAAGAGGUUUUUUCUCUACAAUGUUUAUGGAUGGCUACUACCAAUGAUAAUUGUUGCCACAGCAGUUGGUAUAGACGAGUCAAGUUUAGAUACACUUAGCGAGUUUAGACCCGGAUAUGGACAAGGAAUAUGUUGGAUAACAUCGAGGAAAGCCUUAAUGCUCUUUUUUAUCGGACCACUUGCUUUGUUUAAGUUUAUUGAUAUAAUAGGAUUCAUUUUCACUUCUUGCUUUAUAGCCAGAGCUCGACAGCAAGGAUCAAGGGCAAACAAUAAUGGAAACCUUUGUUCUUUUUUCUUGUAUAUUAAAUUAUCUGCUGUGAUGGGACUGACAUGGGUUUUUGCUUUUCUGGCAACGUUUACCAAUGACACUGUCAUGUGGUACAUAUUUAUUAUAUUUAACACACUCCAGGGCGUUUUCAUAGCCGUAAGUUUCUUGUGCACUAGAAAGGUCUUCAAGUUGGUUCGAAACAAAAUUUCGAAACUAAAAUAUGUGCCGUCAUCCACAACUCUGUCUACUUUAAAGAAGUGAAUAUAAUGCAUCGUUUUGAUAUACUGCUGUUUAUGAAUUACCACUGGAAAAUGGAGCAAGAUCUCGGGAACCGUAUUGUUUUCGGACAAAUGAUAGAAUUGUUCCGUUUCUCAUUCAGUGAAAAAUAUUAACUUUUUUUUUUUGGUAUUUAUUGAUGUACAAUGUACAUUUAUAAAAUGUUAUUUCCAACUAGAUUCACUGAACAUGUUCAUUGAACAGGCGAUAGAGUAAGCGGGAAUACAAACAUUAUUAAAGUUCUAGUGUAGUAUCACAUUCAAAGAGCGGUGAAUAUCUGUCCAUAAAUGUAUUCAAUGUUAUAAAGACCUUCUUAAAGCAACUUGCAGGGCUGUUGCUAGACUUAUGCUAACACUGAGACACAUUUCUAGGAUGAUCUGGGGGCAUAUACCAACUUAAAUGGAAGUACAUUCUGUAACAUUAUAUUAUGUCAGACAUUAAUUUAAAAUUAUUAAUUAAAAGUCAGCACAUCUUAGAAUUGUCCUUAAAACAUUUUUGUUUAGCUACGGCG